AUGUCCGUGAAGGUUGACUACAACGCUUUGAGGGCCCGGACCAUGGGGUCUGGAGCCGAUGAGGAGGCUGUGACAGUAGAUACUAGAGGGUUGAUUUCCAAAGUCCUUGCUCGCUAUUCGGGGAAAUGGACAGUUCUACGAGAAAUGAUUCAAAAUGCCGCCGAUGCAUCUGCAACGAAAGUCACGAUAAAGUUUGAAACUAUCCCAUCAACCACAGUACCUUCGCCUACAACGAGUGAUCCCACUGCACACUUGAAACACACCAUUGCCAACCACACUCUACGGCGUCUCCUCGUGUCAAACAAUGGAUCUCCAUUUAGCGAGAAAGACUGGGCAAGACUCAAGCGAAUCGCUGAUGGAAACCCAGAUAGACAAAGAUUGGUGCAUUUGGAGUCGGCUUUUACAGAGCCCUUCGUGUCGUCGGGUAAUCAGGCUAUGGCUUUCUACUGGAAGGGCAAUGCUCUGUUCACCCGUCGAUUAGACCUUGGCGAAGCUGCAAGCCCGGACACUACAUUCGUUUUGGACUACCGGAAUGAUACAUCUCCUGUUCCAUCUCUACUGCAACUUUGCCAGUUCUUGUCUAGCAGUUUAACGUUUGUUUCUUUACAAGAGAUUGAGCUAUGGCUGGACGAUUGGACUCUGCUUCGUCUCUCAAAGAAAACAGCCCCCAGCGUCGAUGUUGCGAUACCACGAGAUAUCGAUACCAAAACGGCAGAAGGACUCAUGAAAAUUGUGAAUGUCACUCGGGAAAUUGCCCAGGUCGACGCGUCUUGGAUGAAAAUCGUCGAGUGGAAUCCCAACGCAAGCAUAUUCCGCCUGGACAAUAUUCGCGAUACAACAAGCUCAUUGCGAAGCUUCUUUCCCAAAUUCACACAAAGUGGACCAGAGAAACAGCCUGCCCAAAAGCCUGAGCUCGAACGUGCCGAGGACUCUGGUAAAAUGAGCGCUAUGCUCUCGGCAUCAGUAUUUUUGCACAUCAACACAGCUUCUCUGCAGCCUUCAAUCAGUAGAGACUUGGCGAAAGAGUUGGAAAGAGCAACCCGGAAGCCACCGCCGAAGAAGGCUACACUUGCGAUCUUGACUCCUUCGUAUGAUGCGAGCAUGGCGACUGAAGCGUCCUCGUCUCAGUCAGAAGUUCUCUCGUCUAUCCUACCUACUAAAUCUGGAAGGGUCUUCAUUGGCUUCCCUACAGCCCAGACGACUGGCUUGAAUGCUCAUGUUUCUGCUCUAUCUGUCAUUCCUACUGUCGAGCGUGAGAGCAUUGAUCUCAACACUCGGUACAUCAGCAAAUGGAAUCUCGAAAUGCUACGCGCUGUAGGAAUCGUCUGUCGAAUUGCCUGGUCUGCGGAGAUGGCUACGAUCAAAUCGAAAUUGGCAAUGAAAAUUGGCCCAUCUCGCACCAAAGUCCGCGAAGAUGAUAUUGUGGAUGUUUUACCAGAGGCAAUCCACACUGCAAACCAAUUCGUGUUUCGUGAAUCUACACCAUCCUCCGUUUUGGGUCAGACAAUCGAGGAUGCUUUCUGGAUGUGUAACAAGAACGCGUCCAUUGAGGUUUUGUCUACCUGUGGCGUUAUCCCAAGUCAUCAGACACGCAUUGCUCCUAAGGAUCUAAGCUUCAUGGAUUCGAUUCCCGCUCUGUCUGAUGAUUUUGUCAAUGGCGCCAAAGAGUUUGUCAAGAGACUGACGGACUUUGGCUUAGUGACAGACAUAACUGUCUCUGAUAUCAGACGCGAAUUGGAAUCCAAUACCCUGCGGUCGAACCAGGUGGUUGAAUUCAUAUCCUGGCUUGGCCGCAAAUCUCUCAUUGGCCAAUUGGAUCAGCUUUCAGUUCAAAGCUUACUGCGUGUAGCAGUGGCCAACGAUGAGGAUUCAGAGGGAGCUCCUACUCGCCUGAUUAUCUUUGCAGAUAUCAGUGAGUUUUUGAACCCCCAGCGCAUUCCAACGGACCUUCCUAUACCCCCUUCUGUCCUUCCAUUCCGUUUCACCAAGUCAUUGGGUAAGCUGGAACUGGAAGCUUUGGGUUGGGUCGAACUGCAGGUUGUUCCUUGGGUACACUGGAUUGUUAGCAAUUCUGGAAAUCGCAGUUUUCUAUCCAUUGACCAAGAUAUCACGAAGACCGCCGCCUUCUGGGGUCAGGAUGUCCUCAGUGCAGCGUCCAAGCAAAACGUUGUGAAUAUACUCCAACCCAAGACAGUGAUCCCGACGAGGCUUGGAAUGAAGCAACCUGCAGAGACAUACUUUGCCUCUGUGCGCCUCUUCGAUGACCUUCCCGUUAUCCACGGUCUCAAUGGCGUCAAGGAAAAAAUUCUCACUUCGCUUGGUGUCCGUAAAACCGUGGAACUUGGUGUCAUCUUCGAUCGCCUCAUCAACACUCCGGCCUUGGAAGAUAGCAAAGGUGGAGUUGCACCAAGAAAAUGGAACCACGUUGACCUUAUUCGUUAUCUUACCUCUGUGCGUGAGGAUAUCCCGGCAAAGGAUAUCCAGAGGUUGAAAGGCAUGAGUAUCUGUACUGCCGAGAGUGGAAGCAUUUCUGACGGUACCCGGUACAAGAUCUCCGAGCUGUAUGAGCCAAAGGAUGUUUUCCGUUCUCUUGGUCUACCGAUCAUAGACUGGCCUGGCAUCUACAACAGCAAUAGCAAUGAGGGUAAAUUCCUCACAAUGAUGGGGCUGAAGAGUCAUCCACCCGCUGUGGAACUCAUUCGACUUAUGGCCGCGGGGAGCACAGAAAAGGACAGCAAGGCCACCAAGGCGCUGUCAUACUUCCUCGCAGAGCAUCAUACAAGCGGAUAUGCCGAGUUUGAUAUAGGUGCGGUGGCAGUACCCUUCCUGCCUAUUGAAGGCUCCAAUAGCCUAGGCGUGCCUCAAAAGUGUUUCACCGACGAAGGCGCAGCUUUGUUCGGCUUCAAACUCCUUCGAAAGAAUCUGCAUCCCCAUGCUUUGAAAUUGGGAGUCAAACCCCAUCCCCCUAUGGCAGAUUGCCUUCACAUUCUCGCACAGCAGCCUCCUGCCAACAAUUCCGAUGCCCGGACCGUGUUCAAGUAUCUAGCGGGCAGAGCCUCGGAAAUUAGCCCUCAAAGCAGGGAGCGCACGGGAAAGAGUCCAAUUGUCCCGGUCGUUGUUCGGGACCAAUACGAAAAACGUGCUAAAGUUCGGCUCGUGGCACCUCAAUUGUGCUAUCUUGGCGAAGGGGGUCAGUACAAGGAAAUUUUCGAUUACGUCGAUUUUGGCGAAGUGGCAAACCUUUUCCUUAUGGCUCUUGGUUCAAAGCCGGAGCCUUCCAUCGUGGAGAUUGCACGGAUGUUGGUCAAGGAACCGACUCGCAUCAACGCUACGUUCCAAAGCUCUGAGAAGUAUCUCAUGCUUCUCAGAACUCUUGCAGAACAACUCCCGACUUUAAAACGAGACAAGGAGCUUUUCUUGGAUAUGAGGAAAGCCAAAUUUCUUUAUGCCAGCCGGGAUCUUCCCUCGAGCACGGUUGAUCAACCCAAAAAUGAAAAGUCAUCUCUCCGCGAUCUCAAUGAGGAAGAUGACGAUGGAAUGGACAUCAGACAAUGGGAAUUGACGUCUGCCAAAGACAUCCUCGUGGUUGACGAUUUCCAAAGUUUCAAUCUAUUCAAGGAGCAUAUUUUUGCUACACCCCAGGAAGAAACUUUAGAGAACUUUUACACUGCUCUUGGUGCCACUGCACUGAGUGGGCUUGUCGAGGAGAGAGUUAGCAUCGGCCAACUAACGCCUGAUCAAACAUCUGCGCGUCAGAUGCGAGUAUCCUUACACGCUCACCAGGGUCAGUAA